AUGUGGGUGAAAACAGCCGCGACUUUUCGGCUCCUUCACCACUUUCAUAUUCUCUCAUUUGAAUCAAAGGCAUCGGCCUUUGAGUAUUGGCAAACACUGUCACGGCUGUCUGACAACUCUGGUAUCGAUCCUCCUAAGGAUCGCUACGAAGCACUACUUCGGAUGAUCAAAGAAUGGCGAAACUUGACCUUACUCAAACGAUUCGGCCGUGGGCAUGAUCCUGAAGGUCUCAACCUGGUUCCUGCGCGGUCCUUUGUCCUGCUUGUCCCCAGCCAGUUCUGUGUCAAUAGGUGGCUUUAUGGACUAUUUGUUGCGAUUGAUGCCAACUUUCGGUUGGCGCAGAAGAAUGUUUCGUCAGAUAUAGCUGAUCCUGGUCUGAGCAAUGGGUGGUCAUAUUUCAUUGAGGAAAAGGGAUACAAGGGCUUCCUCCACGAAGUUGGCAAGCAACCGCAAGAGAAAAGCACAUGUGCAAGUCACAAUGCUGUCAACCUAGCUGAGACAAAGAACUCCCGCGGUCUUGCAGCGACAGGUGCCGGGACUGUGGAUUGCUCGUGCCAUAACUUUAAACGACCAUGCACUGUUGGAGACCUUCAGAAGGGGGAAAAAUACGUGAAUAUGGAUUAUCUAUUUUGUUCUACCAUGCAGUUUGCAAAGGACCUCAUUGUUCUCAACAUCUCAUACGAUAUUGCUUGCCAGUGGAGUAAGAAUCUCCGAGAACGAAUAGUCAAGUACCCAGAUCGUAUUCAUGUCGAUUGCGCCAACAAAUUCGUCACGUUCCUUGUCCCGAAGUUCCAUCUUCCUGCACAUAUACUGGCAUGUCAAAUUACUUAUUCGCACAAUCUCCUAAGGGGCAUGGGCCGGACUGAUGGCGAAGCUCCUGAGCGUGGCUGGGCUAACAUCAACCCAAUAGCUACAAGCACACGCAAAAUGGGUCCAGGCGCUAGACGCGAUACCCUCGACGACCACUUUGGUGACUUCAAUUGGAAGAAAGUUACCAAUCUGGGUGUUAGUCUCUUGCAAAAAAUCAAGGCAGCUAUACCAGAACGUGACCAGCACACACGCGAUUUUCGCGAGUUCAAUGAUACCCUUGUCGCAGAACGGCCAGAAGAAGUAUCACAAUGGAAGAUUGCUAUUGAAAGGUGGGAGACGGACACAUCUACUAGUACCAACCCCUUUGGUGCAACCACAACGACUAUGACACAGGCAUCCGUCAGGCUACGUCUUGCUCAGAAAGAAGCCGAAGACCUCGAGCGUGGUGUCGACUAUUCCCUUCAUAGUGAGAUAUUGCCCAUUGUUCUCAUUUCUAUGGGCAUUGGCAUGGAAGAAGAGCAAUAUCGGCUUAGAUGGGACAUUUCAGCCCUUGGUGCACACUCAACCGAUCUCCAGCGCUCAAAGAUACAAGAUCGGACAAAUGCUCUGCAGCGCAAGAUUGAGCAAUGGUGCCAAGUUCAACUUUUGUAUAUGCCCUCGGCAUCCCGUGUUCGAACCACCCGCAGUUCCAGUGCAGGGACUUCAACGGAGGAAAAAGCCCAUGAGAUCGAUCUGUUGCUGCCAUCCAAGUUGAAGGAGCACACCCGAGACACCAUAUGCGAUGAACGGCUCUGUCGUUUUGAAUGGGAGCUACGUCGAGGACAAUCAUUUGAUGCACUUGACGACCUUCGCCGCCAUCUUCUCUUACGGACUCACCUGUACAAAUUCAAGGACACAAAUAUUCGUGAAGCCGCAGACCAGUAUCGCAGAGCAAGGAACGCACUCCAAAAUCUGCAUCAGACACUUGGAGAGCAUGACUGGCAGGAUGUCUUUCUGGUACUGGAGGUGUCACACAUUCAUAGUAUGUCAGAAGGCGAGGUAGGGCAAUCAGAGGGAAAUCGUACUCUCUCUUGGAUCUGGAAGAUGCGUGGUGUCUCUACUGCAGGAGAUGUUCUUACGGAUGCAUUACAAAUUGAAUGGUGCAAAGCAAGGGCACGCGCAAAUCGCUGGACGGAGGAGGUCGAGUUGUUGUUAGAGGAAAUGCGGCGUGUCAGGGUAUUUCUAUCCUGGCAUGCUACAUGGUGGGACGAGCAAGCAGACCGGAGAGUUGGAUUGCCUGCUGCUGAAGCGGAAGGCAUCAAUGGGUACGCGAGACGCCAAGCAGUGCUUCGAAGAAACAUACGAGACGCGUUCACGAGCAUGUGGGGCGUGUUCGUGGCCCCCACCACUACGGUGACAGUGACAGAAGGUCCUCUAAGCGUUGUCGAUACACGUACCGCUCGUACUACCGCUUUAUAA